GUCCAAAGCCCAAUCCGAGGCCGAAAACCAAAACCCGACUUCAGUUGGCAUUGUAAUGGCAACGCUGUCGGCACGCGUUUGGCCAUCUCGCCUCGCGGGUCUUUUUUAUCCUGUCGGUGUCGCUGUCGCCGUGACAAACCCAAAAUAAAGAAAACACAACAACAACAACAACACCAAAGCAACAACAACAACAACAAGAAAUAUCAUAGAAAAUCUGUAGAGUGUUGAAUAGAAAUAUAAAUCAUGUGUAACGAAGAAAUCAAGGAAAUUCGGAAAGCCAAAGAUGAAAUCAACAACGUGAAAUUGCCAGUCAUAAAAAAAGGGAAACCCGAGUGCUUCCAGCAAUAAACUUCCGCCAAACCAACCAACUGUGGCAACCAAUAAGCGACGAAUGAUGGCCACCACCACCUCGAACAACGCCACCAGCAGUAGCACAUCCGCCACCACGUCCCGGAACGGUGGCUUCUGUGGUGCCCUCCAGCGGGCGCCGCCGCCCAUGCCGCCCGCCCUCGUCCGGAGACUGAGCAGCCGGGAGUGCUAUGGCGUGGGCAAGGUGAAGGUCAUGCUGCGGGUGGCGGAGCGGGACAGGAGCGCCGUUGGAGCAGAGCCGGACUUCAUGGCGCUGGACAAGAAAAAGCGCCAAGUCACGCUCACAGAUCCGAGGAAUGUGUGCCCGCCGCCACAGGCCGCCCAGGAGCGGGGGCCCAUGGUGGCAGCGCCCAAAAUGUUUGCUUUCGAUAACCUCUUCACCGCGGAGGAUAAACAGUCGGAUGUGUGUGCAUCGGCGUUGAGUGAAGUGAUACCCGCCGUGCUCGAAGGAUCUGACGGCUGCCUGCUGGCCAUGGGAUAUCCUGCCACCGGGCAGUCCCAAACGGUGCUCGGCGAGGUGGGCGCCAGCAGUGGGAGUGGCCAUGGGGGUAUGUGCUCCCUGGGAGCGGCCCCCUGCGCCAUAUCCUGGCUGUACAAGGGCAUCCAGGAGAGGCGCCAGAAGAGCGGAGCUCGCUUCUCGGUGCGUGUCAGCGCCGUGGGCGUUAGCGCCACAAAGCCGGACACUCUAUCGCAGGAUUUACUCAUUUCGCAUGCAGCCGAAUCUGACGACUCCCCGGGGAUUUAUUUGCGUGACGACUUCCUUGGCGGUCCAACGGAACUACGUGCACCCACCGCCGAGCGUGCGGCCCUAUUUCUCGACUCCGCGCUUGCCGGACGCUUAAAAAGUUCCGGUUCCACGGGAUCUGGGAGUUCCGGGACAGGAGCAGGAGCCGGAGCGGGAGCCGGAUCAGGAGCUGGAGGCGGAUGUGCCGCCCCCUUGGAGUCCGCCCUCAUCUUUACGCUGCAUGUCUACCAGUACAGCCUGUCCCGCAAGGGGGGUGUGGCUGGCGGUCGGAGCCGUUUACAUAUCAUCGACUUGGGGGGAUGUGCGAAUCGCAGCGGGGGCCUGCCGCUGUCGGGGAUCGGGAACAUACUCCUGGCGAUACUAUCCGGCCAGCGGCAUCCCCCCCACAAGGACCACCCGCUGACCCCCCUGCUAAAGGACUGCCUCGCCCCCAUUACUUGCCAUGUGGCCAUCAUGGCCCAUGUGCGACCCGAGCAGAGCUACCAGGAUGCCCUAUCAACAAUUCAAAUUGCAUCGAGGAUUCAUCGACUGCGCCGCAGGAAGCACCGCGUCCCCAUGCCCCUGGCCGUGGGCUUGGCCCAAGGACUCGGCGGUAAUGGCUCCUCGGCGGGAUCCGGCGCGGAUCCCUCCAGCUCAGAAAUCUCAGCCGACACUGUCAUCUAUAUGGGACCCAACGACGACGCCACGGAUGGGGAACACCCGCCCGUAUAUCUGCCGUCGCUCAGCGCCGGCGACAACAGGGGGCUGAUGAGCAAGGCCCUGAAGGGGAGCGGCCUGGAGAAACCGCCCUCCAAGUCGGCCAGCAACAGCCCCAUGAUGAUGAAGAAAGCCCUGGCAGCCGAGAAAGCCAAAAAACUGCCCGGAAGUAAUACGGGAAGUCUGAAGCGUUCGGCCGGAGCUGGAGCCUGCUCUUCGCCAUUGAUUCCCCACGAACAGCCCCAGCAGACCAUCCAGGCCAUGGGCUCACCCAUACCAAUACCCCGACACAUGGUGUCCAAGGGAUCCAUGGUGCCAUCGCCCAAAGGAUCCCCGAUGCGGCGAGCCCAUCCCGGAGCAGCGCUCGAGCAACUGGAGGCGGGUAUGCGGAAAAUCACCGAGGAGCAGUGGAUAGAUGGUCCGCGGGUGUCCAGGGCCAAGGUGGCCGAGGCGAGACACCUGAUGCGGGAGGUGAACCACGUGAAGCAAUGUGAGACGUGGGUGGAUGGACCCAAGUCGCAGUCCUGCCGAUCCUUGACCGCCGGAAACCUGCCCGCCUCGGGAGCGAGCCAGACACAGGGAUACGGGUUUAUGGACUCCCACAAAAAGACCAUGAUCCGACAGUGGGUGGAGAACCAGACCACGCAAGUCUUCCAGAGCACAGUCUCCGCCAACAAUUCGCCCACGGCCCUGCACUGGAAGCUGUCCCAGCUGAAGCAGAAGUCCCUGGACCUGCCGGACAGACCUGCUUUCCAACCGGAGCCCUCCUUGGACUUGCCGCAAGCGACAUUCGAGACGUUGCCUCUUCUGGAUCCUGCCCCUCCGGACGGCGACGAGGAUGAGGACAGUGGUCCGUCGGAGGUUCCACCCGCUUUGCCCCUCCUCGAUGAUCCUCUCGGCUCCAGGGAUAUUUCCCAGGACAACCUGCAGAGGAUGCUGUCGCGGCAUGUGUCCAGGGAGCAGCUCCAUGAGGCUGAGCUGGUCGCCAGUCGAGCGUCGUCUUCCCAUCAUCCUUCGCAGAGGAGCAUCGAUUGUGGGCUGCAGGUCACGGAGGAGGAGAUUGCCAGGACUAUGGCCAGAGAUCGGGAGAUUGAGUAUUCAGCCGCGCAUCCAUUGUCUGCCCUGAGUCAUUGCGAUAAUAUAUCCUUCGUGUCCAGCUUCAACAUGGCCUGCGAGUCCUUCAGCGAGUGCGGAGAGAGAGCGAGACACCAAUUCGAUCAGUUGGCCCGCCUCCAUGAGAUCUUCACGUCCCAACUGGCCAUGGCCGAGGUCACGCCCUCCGCCGCCCUGUUCCGGACGGACGUGGGCAGUGUCUUCAGUGAGCCAGUUUUUCACUUCAACGUGGGCCAGAGCAGCGUGUGCAGUGAGCCCGCCUAUAGACUCACGCCCAGUCCGCCCCACAAACAGCCCUCCCACAGCCCCAGCCAAGGAUCUCUGCCCAGCCUGAACGGCAUCAUGGAGAUAGCCGGCAUGGAUGACUAUUCCCUGCUCCGACAGCCGGAUGGGGCGUCGGAUCCCAACCUGCAGAAGAGCGAGAAGCGAUUCGCCCCGCAGCACGAUGACAUCUGCGAGCUGGAUGAGAAGUCCUUGGCGGCGGCGGUGGGAAAGCGGAACUCCUUGGAGGAUACGCAGCACAAGCUCAAUGAAAUCACGAACAUUCUGCCUCUGGCCGCCCAGUCGCGACUCCCGUUGCUGCCACUGAACACCAGCUCCGAGGCCUACGACAGUGGACACGACUCCAACUCCACACCCAGGACUUCCAAGCACUCGGGCAUCUCCCGGCGAGCCGAAAGCGGAUACCACAGCGUGGCCACUGUCAGGGACUCGGACGAGAGCAGCUUCGCCUCCGGCAUGUCGAAAGGUCAGAGGCAUCGCAUCACCAUUACAGGAUCGGGAGCCAUCGCAACCACGGGCAAUGGCACCUUCCACAGGCACAGCCACAGCCACAAGAAGCGACAUCGUCAGGAUCAAGCUGGGAACAACAAGGGCCUCUGCAAUUGGCUCUUGAAUCCAUUUUCCUGCACCUAUCCAGAGACUGAGGGUGAGAUCAGCGAUUUUUAAAACGAAACAUAAAGAAACACCGAAUCCAAGUCCACGAAAAAACAUAUAAGAGACACCCACCAAGAAAAAGGAACACAACGCUAGUCCAGCAUUCAAAAUGGCCAAAAAACGAAAGCACUUUAAACCAAUUAACAGGAAAAGAAAAUAUCAUAAUGUUUUAGGAAAAACGACGAGGACGAGGUUCAGUAGACGAAGAACAAUUUUUGAUAGCGACUGAUUAACUUUUACUAGGCGACGGCUGCCACAACAAAACAAAACAACAAAUACUUAAAAAUACAAACCGAAACGACAUAAAAGCAUUUUUUAAAUAAUCUAAUAAGUAACCUAAAUAUAAAAGCAGUGAGUUUUGCGGCUCAAAGACAGUUGUGUGUUCUGUUAACUGAAUUUAAAAAAAUAUCUAUAUUUCGAACUCAAAAAAUACAUAUCCUGGCUAGCAUAAACCGAAGAAUACUUAUACACCCAUAACUCAAUAUUAAGGAUAACCAUAUCUUUUAUCAAAACUGAACAUUUAGGUAAAUUUUAGAAACCAUUUUGAGUCAGAAUGUUGACUGUCUUGGAGCUGCAGAAUCCACUGCUUAAAUCAGCUAUAAAUCAAUCGAUUCAAUCACUCAAAUCACUCACUCACUAAAAUACACGCAUAAGUUCAAACGGGGCUUUAAAUAUUUUAAGUUGCCAGCUAGCAUAAUCAAGGAUGGAUCGGGACACUAAUUGGAGCUAAAAAAUGUAUAACUAAAAUGAUGGGAUUAGUGAGAGGACCCACUCUGAGAGAGUUAUCCCGACCAUGCCAAUUGUAUCUAUAAAUAUUGAACAUAAUUAUAUAUAUUAUUAACAUAAUCUGGCUACAAUCACUAUGACUUUACAAUGCAGAGAUUCAUCUAUAUACAUACACGAUAUAUACACGCAACAUAUAUAUAUAUAUACAACAAUUACAUAUAUCAUAUAGCUAUUUAUUGUUUAGUUUUUGGUUAUUUGUUCGGGCAGUCGAUUUAAGAUCAAGUAUGCUAAAUGUUGAAUGUUUGCUUAUUCAAACGAUUUAUUGCCAAUUAUAAGUUACCAAAUGUUUAAAUUAAUUGUUAGUUAGCUAAAGUUAUACACAUCUACUUACUACUAAAUCAUGGACAAGAGCGACAAGAACCACUGACUAUAAAGCGAAACGGUUUUUUGCAAAGUAGACAAAUGUUAAACAUACAAUUUUGUUGCCAUUUUUGCCUAAAUAAACUAUGUUACAAAACGAAAAAUCGAACAAAAUGAUGGAAUGAAACCAAAUCGAAAUAAUAAGAAAAUUCAAUGCAAAAUAAAUAAAUUAUAUAUAUAUAUAUACAAUAUAUAUUUAUCAGAGAUACAUAUAUGUAUGUAUGUGUAUUCUAUAAGGAGGAACACGAAUCGAUGGAUGAUUUUAAGGAAACCUAACGCAUAUUAUAUGAUAAACCACCACAUUAUAUAUGUAUACAUAACGAUAUUAACGAUUAAUACACAACCACAUAAGAAGAGGGCAUGCGAGGCGAAGGAUGCCCAGAAUGGUAGGCAACACUUCUUGUUCUUGUCCCAUCUGGGCACCAUCGGAUAGCUAAAAUUUUGUGUCGCCUAUUUGUUCGUUUCGAUUCGAUCAUCAAACUAUAAUUACAAUUAUCGACAUUCCUUCAAUGCCUUUUUAGUCAGCGUCAUCAGCAAAUUAUACACAACCAAAACGAAACAAAACGAAAUGUCUAAGCCAUACGAAAUCACACACUAAUUAUAUUGCAUUAUCCAUACAUAUUUCGUACAAUUAUUAUUCCACUUAUCGAGCGUAGUUAAUCACACCCAGAAACUCCCUCUAAUCCAGCUCUAUCCCCCCUAAUAUGCUUUAAAUUUUAAACAUAAUCACCUAAACAAAUCCCCAACUAAAACACAAAUCUCUAACAACCAAAAAUUGCAAAAUCUGUGUGCAAUCCUGCAACCUGCAACAUCCAACCUACGUACAUAUACCAUACAUUCGUACAUACAUCUAUGAUGAAGUCGUCGACUUCGGCGCUGAAUACAGACUAAUUAUUUUUUAUAAUAUAAA